CGUGCGAGGGGAGGCAUGAGCGGGCGACGGCGGCCGCUGCCGGCGGGCGCUUCCCCUCCGCCCGUGCCGGGAAAAGCCACCAAGAAGCGCGUGAAGCGGGAGCUCCGCGUGGAGUUCUCUGCCGCCGUGAGGGAGCGAGCCUUGAAGGAGAAAGUGGCCGCGGCUUGGGCCCGCCAGGAGCCGCUGGAGCACGAGGCCCUCGCUCUGGACCCGGCUCCUUUCCCCCACUGUGUCAUCCCAGGUUUCAUCCCCAACGAGGAUUUCUUGGAAGAGCUGCAAAAGGAGCUCCUGAGCCUGGAUUUCCAUGAAAAAUGCAAUGACCUGUACAAGUUCAAACAGUCGGAUGACCUAAAGAAGAGAGGAGGGUCCCACAUUGCAGCAUUAAGAAAAGUUAUUUUUGAAGAAUUCCGGUCUUGGCUUUCCGAUGUGGUCCAGGUAGAGCUGGAACCAACCAUUGAUCUGUCUUGUGCUAAAUAUGAAUAUACAGAUACCCUGCUGUGCCACGAUGAUGAGUUGGAGGGGCGGCGGAUUGCGUUCAUCCUUUAUCUUGUACCCCCCUGGGAUAAGCACGAUGGGGGCACUUUGGAUCUCUUCUCUACAGAUGAUCAUUUCCAGCCUCUGCAGAUCGUCAAGUCUUUGGUCCCUUCCUGGAACUCGCUCAUUUUCUUUGAAGUAUCGCCAGUCUCUUUCCACCAGGUGUCUGAAGUUGUUUCCAAAGAGAACUGCCGCUUGUCUGUGAGCGGCUGGUUUCACGGCCCUCCGGUUGCACGGCCGGCACGUCACGUCGAACCACGGAUUCCACGAACUCCCCACAUCCCUCGUGAUCAUGAAAUCUUGUAUGACUGGAUCAACCCGGUUUAUCUAGGCGUGGAUUCCCAAGCACAGAUCCAGGAAGAAUUUGAGGAUCGGUCUGAGAUCUUGCUGAAAGACUUUCUCAAGAGAGACAAGUAUCAGCUGGUUUGCAAAGCUCUGGAGUUGGAAGAGCUCAGCUGGAACAGCAGAGGGCCCCCAAACAAAAGACAUUACGAGAAAGCAGAUGAGAAGAGCUUACCAGCCACUCUGAAAGAGUGCUUGGAGCUCUUUCGGUCUGAGGCCUUGUUCCUGCUGCUUUCCAAUUUCACGGGCCUGAAGCUGCAUUUUCUAGCCCCAGGAGAAGAGGACGGAGGAGGAGGAGGGGGGUCUUCUGAAAGCUCACAAGGACCGAGCAGCCAAGAGGAAGCUGGCAAUAGAGAGUCUACAGAGGGGCCAGGGAGCCUCUCUGAAAAUGAGGAUGACCAAGAGAAGGGAGCCCCUCUUUGUGCAGGAGAACUGAGACGCUGGAGAAAAGGUUGCUACACCCUGCUCCAUGAUGCCCAAACGACAGACUUUGCCCUCGAUCUGCUGCUCUUCUGUGGUUGUAAAGACUGGGACGUCGAAUCGGGAGGCUUCACUUCAUACGUUGCAAAAGGUGAAGAUGAAGAGCUGCUGACAGUUAAUCCAGAGGCCAAUUGCUUGGCCUUGGUGUACAGAGAUCAAGAGACACUGAAAUUUGUGAAGUACAUUAACCAGCGUAGUUUGGAGCAGGCACCAAUGCCAGCUGAGCAAGCAGGAUUCUGGGACUUCUCCUUUGUUUACUACGAAUGAGAGCUGGUGUGAGCGUGUGAUGGCGAAUCAUUUCUCCUCGUUAAAUAAGAGGGCAGUUUCUCUUACAGGCAAAGAUAAAAGUUGCGCAAUCUGCUUUACUCUCAUGCCCCUGCAAAACUUAACACCCCUUCUUCCCUGGGGGCCCUUCAGGAAAGUCGAGUGGACACCGUGGUCUGAACCGCGGUGGAGGCCACAAAACUUCCUGGUCAGCAAUGCAAGAAUCACGCUGUUUGGGCCAAGGCAGGACCUUGGUUACGGCUCGACCUCGGCAGCCUCAGAAAACAAGGCCGUGUGGAAGAAACCAAUGUUUGCUAUGUUCUCCAAAGCUCAGCACUAUAAACAGAUGACAAGAGGAGGGAGUUUCCCGUUGGUCUAAUUAUGUGGUAUUUUGUAGGUUGGAUAAUAAUUGUGGAAGUUAUGGUUUGCUGAGUGAGCCCACACUGGUUGGAUUCACAGACCUUGUUAAGCCAUAAAUCAAGCCUGCCAUUGCAA